GGAAGUUGUGUCAUGCAGUUAUAGCCGAUUCCUUUUAUGGGGGGAAGUUCUGAACGGUAACAAAAAUCUUUUGCCACUCAUAGAUACAGUGGCAUAGUCGAAAUUUAGAACAACGUUCAGAGUGAUUCGACCAUCUUCCCCCUUUCCAUCCUGCCAUGAUCUUCUCUAGGUUUUCCCGUUCAUCGUCUCGAUUUUCUCGUUGCAGAAAUGCGACGAGCGGUGUUUAUAGUGGGAAGCUAGCGAAUCGAAACAAGGAAAUUUUUGAAGCUCCUGAUAUAAAUUGUGGUGAAAGUAAUAGUUUGCUUGCGGGACAAUUAGGGCUUUUGAGGGGUUAUUUAGCUGCAAUCACAACGAAUGAGGGGUUUAUAAGGAAGCAGUGUUUAUCUGAUCUCGAUAAUGCUUACCCAAACAUAAGAUUACGCAGAUUUUUCUCAAGUGAAGUCACCAAGAAAAAGAAAUGUGACAACAAUGUUCCUAUAGAGAAUAAGGAAAUUCCAAAGCAGGAUAAGCAGGAAUCUCAGUCAAAAGAGGACCCAAAUUCAGGUGAUUACAGUGGUGAAAGUAAUGAGAAUAUGGUCGACCUUCUAUUGGCACUUGGAAUGAUUCUCUUGAUAUUUACCCCCAGAAAAGAGAAUGAAAUUUGCUUCCAAGAGUUCAAAACCAAUCUGCUUCAAGCAGGUCUAGUGGGUGCCAUAGAGGUCCCUAACAAAAGAAUUGCAAGAGUUUACCUUAAAAGAUCAUCUGCUGAUGAAAAAAGCAAACUCAAAUAUCAAUUCUUUUUUAAAAUUGGAAGUAUCCAAUCUUUUGAAGAAAAUAUGAAGGCUGCUCAAAAGGAAAUAGGGGUUGCUCCCCAUGAUUUUGUUCCAGUUUUGUAUACAAAUGUCCCGAUUUGGUACGAAAAAUUGAGGAGAAACUGGGCUACAUUUUUACUUUGGGGUGCGGCACUGUUAAUUCAUUUGAAAAGGCCUGGUGGUGGCAUGGUUGGUAAACGCAGUGCAAUAUUCAACAUGACAAAGGCACCUAUCACUAAAGUGGAUAAAAAUGCAAAAAAAAAAGAUAUUUUUCAAAGACGUUGCUGGAUGUGAAGAAGCAAAGCAGGAAAUAAUGGAAUUUGUACACUUUCUAAAGAACCCAAAGAAGUAUGAGGAUUUGGGGGCAACAAUUCCAAAAGGCGCUCUCUUAGUCGGCCCACCAGGCACGGGCAAAACACUGUUAGCUAAAGCAACCGCAGGUGAAUCUGGUGUGCCUUUCCUAUCCAUUUCCGGUUCUGACUUUCUAGAGUUGUAUGUUGGGGUUGGACCCGCAAGAGUUAGAAGCCUGUUUCAAGAAGCUAGACAGUGUGCACCUAGCAUCAUAUUUAUUGAUGAAAUUGAUGCGAUUGGGCGAGCAAGGGGGCGUGGUGGUUCCUCAGAGGUCAGUGACGAGCGAGAAAGCACCUUAAACCAGCUGCUUGUUGAGAUGGAUGGAUUUGGAACAACAUCUGGUGUGGUUGUUCUGGCGGGAACAAAUAGAGCGGAUAUUUUAGACAAGGCCUUGCUAAGGCCUGGCCGUUUUGACCGACAGAUCAGCAUUGAUGCUCCUGAUAUUAAAGACCGGGAUGAGAUCUUUAAAAUCUACCUGCAAAAGAUUAAGCUUGAUCAUGAACCAUCAUAUUUCUCUCAAAGACUAGCAGCCCUCACUCCUGGAUUUGCUGGAGCAGAUAUUGCAAAUGUUUGCAAUGAAGCUGCAUUAAUUGCAGCAAGACAUGAACAGACACUUGUAAAAAUGGAACACUUUGAUGCGGCUAUAGAUAGGAUAAUUGGUGGUCUGGAGAAGAAGAACAAGGUAAGAAGCAAACUUGAACGGCUCACUGUUGCAUACCAUGAAUCUGGUCAUGCUGUUGCUGGGUGGUUUCUAGAACACGCAGAGCCCUUGUUAAAGGUUACUAUCGCCCCACGUGGUAGUGUGGCACUUGGCUUUUCUCAAUACGUUCCUAAUGAGAACCUCCCGAUGACCAAAGAGCAGUUUUUUGACAUGACAUGCAUGACACUAGGUGGCCGGGCUGCAGAGCAGGUUUUAUUGGGGAAAAUUUCAACUGGAGCGCAAAAUGACCUGGAAAAAGUAACAGAAAUGACAUAUGCCCAAGUAUCUGUGCAUGGAUUCAGCGAUAGGGUCGGACUGCUCUCUUUUCCUCAGAGUGACGGUAAGAGGAAGCCUAGUAACAAAAUGGCUUCAAUCAUCGAUAGUGAGGUUCAAAAAUGGGUGGGGAUAGCGUAUAAAAAGACAGUCCAAUUGAUAGAGGAACACAAAGAACAAGUCGCUCAAAUCGCUGAGCUACUGCUAGAGAAGGAGGUUCUUCACCGAGACGACUUGGUCCAGGUACUUGGUGACCGUCCUUUCAAUUCAACCGAUUCAACCCAUUAUGACAUAUUUAAGCAGGGUUUUCAGCCGGAAUCUGAGUGUGAAACCAAAGAUGCUGACGACGAGAGAAUGAGUCCUCCUCUUCUAUAGAACCGGAUGUCAUUCCUGCUUGACAGUGACCACAUUGUCAUGUGUGUAUAUUUCCUCGGGAAAAAACUGCUCUAACUGCACUGAUCGGAUAGUUGCUGCCAACCUGAUCAACACCCUUUCUCAAAUAGUUUUGAAUUUGAAUUGCUUGUCCCCCUUUCGCUGAAUGUGGAUAAUACCAUCGGUGGCAAGGUGGGUAGACUUGGGGAUAUUGUGAGUUGUAAUCUAACUCUGACUCUUGUGUACCAAACUACCAAUGUUAUUAAGACCGCGAGUUGUAAUCCGUUAACUAUAAGGACGAUCUGGAUUGUUGCUGGGAUCGGACAUCGCUUCAGAUCGCCGGAUCGGCAAGUUAGAUCAUGAAAUUGCAGGAACUAGGAUCGGUGUCGAUCUGCAUCAAAAGCGACGGUGGAGGGAAAUGACGCUGAAUAAAAGAAAAGUAGAAUGCUUACCCCUAAAUGGUACCUUGUUUUUACCACUCCUAGUUAGAUGGGGCAACUCAUUUAAGCUAGGCCCCACUUAAAUGAGUUGUUUCAUUUAUGGUCACACAUUAGAAAUGGGGUAAAUAUAGGGGUAUCAUUGUGAGGUACCUUUAGCACAGUUCAAAAAAAUUCAGAAAACAGAGAUUUAUCAGAUCAAAUCUAAAAAAUUUAAUUCAAGUAAGAAUAUCCUUUUCCUAAAAGGUUUAAAGUUUGGAACUUUGUUUUUUUGGUAUCAUUUAAACUUAUAUCUCAAAUUAAUGUAAUUCUAAAC